AUUAUGCGCUGUUGAAAGGAAUUGACGAACUUGGGUGGCCUUCACCUUGGAGUUUGAAGGAAUGAGGCUGUUAGCACCGGAAAGCCAAAUGUUUCGUGCUUACCUCAAGUUACUGCUUCCAGAAUAACGAAUCUCUAACCAGACUUGACCCUUUGGAAUGGGCGACCCCUCACAGAGUCUACCGAAUUGCGCUGCGGCUGCGAUCCGUCGCAGUGAGACUGAAUUUGAAGAGGUCGAAGUCCAGGACGAACCGCCUGCUGGGCUUGUCAAAGCUCAAAGACUAGCUAUUCAAGUUGCAGAGCAAAUCGCGAAGGAAACCGUUCCAGGACAGACCGAGAAAGAGGUUGUCGUGCGGAUUGACAACUUGAUCAAGACCUUGGGAGGAGUCGGAGUUUGGACUCCUACUGUGGUCGGCUUUGGGAUUGGAACUUUGAGCUGCUUUCCAACAGAUGUUCCAAGUGACCGGCCGCUUUGGAAUAUCGAUUUAGGACAUCUAGAUGUCCACCCCGUGACCGACGAUGGCUGGUUGGGAGACUGCACGAGGAUGAUCCAAGCCGGUGACAAUCGGCCGCAGGCUACUGCACACGCAACAAUCCGAAGUAUUCACGCACAUGUUCUGGAAUCAGCAUAUUCAGGUAUGCGUGCGUGCGAUUUGUUCUCCAUCUUCGCCGAGGCACUGGCAGACACCAAGUAUCUGUUGUUGGACCGACUGCAGAAUAUAGGACAUUCGCUGGCACAAAACUCCUCAUAUGAUGCUGGCUACAUUGACGCGUACAACGAGACCAUAAUGGAAGGUGCGUGGGCGGUCGAGCCGUUCAUUGGUAAUCAUCUCUACGGUGUCAAGCUCGAGGAUGUUCUAUGGUUUGGGAAAACAAAGGUCACAAUCAUCAGGUGAAAGGGUCUUCUCUCCAUCCCGCUUUUUAUUUAGAAGGGAGAGAAGGUCCACUUGCAGGCAAUGUUCGAUCAAGGGUCUAAUCAAGAUGUACCAUCAGGUGUUUCGC